AUGCCACGGCGUAGCAGCUCUCUAGAAUUCGACAGUGGACAGAAUCAUCUGAUUGAUGCCAUAGCCUCACAAGUUGAUCAUCAAACUGUAAAUAAUAUCAUUGAUGUCCAACGGCAAAGUUUGCGACGGUUUGAAAAGACGAACGAAAUGUUGUCAAACUGUACACAUUUGAGCGAACGGCGCCUUGAAAAAGCAAAAAAGGAUGCAGGUGCCCACAAAGAAACCAUUAUGCAGAUGAAAUCGGACUUGGAGUUCAUAUUCAGGAAAAUACGACUUUUCAAGACCAUGCUUUCAACAAAUUAUCCUGAGAUAUAUGGCGAAGGUUGGUGCUGUAGUGAAACAUAA